AAACCAAGUACCAAUAUAAUACUACUUGUUACUUACACUUCACACUACUCACAAGUCAAUAGAUUCAUUCAACUCUCUCUCUCUCUCUCAUGAAUGGUUAACUCUAACAUUUCUAUCUCAUCAUUAUUACAAUCAUGCCAUCCCGUCCUCCGCCACCACAACCACUUCCAACCAUAGCAACCAUCACACCUCCCCACCACCACCACCACCGCCGUGAGUUUCUAAUCGGCGGUCUCAUCGCCGCCGUCAUCUUCCUCACCGCCGCAAUAAUCUCCCUCACUAUCUUCCUCUACCGUAAACUCUCACACAACCGAACAACACCCGUGGACCAAAACCACCGCCGCUUCUCCUACUCCGUCCUCCGCCGCGCUUCAAACUCAUUCUCCACCUCCACUCGCCUCGGCCACGGCGGCUUCGGUUCCGUUCAUAAAGCCACACUCCCCUCCGGCGAAACCGUCGCUUUGAAAGUAAUGGAUUCGCCCGGUUCGAUUCAAGGUGAAAGAGAGUUUCACAACGAACUCUCUUUAUGCUCGAAUCUUCGUUCUCCUUUCAUUCUCUCACUUCUCGGUUACUCUUCGGACCGGUCCGGUCGGAAGCUGGUUUUGGUUUACGAGCUUAUGUCGAACCGGAGUCUUCAAGAUGCGCUUUUAGACCGGAGGUGUGAUGAGUUGAUGGUUUGGUCGAACCGGUUCGAUGUGGUUGUUUCGGUUGCGAAAGGACUUGAGUAUCUUCAUCAUGAAUGUAAUCCUCCUGUGAUUCAUGGUGAUAUUAAACCUAGUAAUGUUCUUUUGGAUCGUGAAUUUAGAGCUAAGAUUGGGGAUUUUGGUCUUGCUAGGGUUAAGUGUUUGGAAGAUUCUGGAAUGGAAAUGAUGGUUGAAGAAAUUAAUCAUCAUCAUCAUCAUCAUGAGAAGAAGAAAAAGAAAGAUGAUUUUGUUGUUGAGGAUUGUAGUUCUGUUUCUGUUGUUGAGGAAUUUGAGAGUGCUGUUAGUGUUACUAAUACUACUGCUGGAAAUGAUAUUGAUCGGUCGCCGGAGAGCUGUAAUGUUAGGGUUUUGGUUGAUUCUGAUGCUUCACCGGAGGUGGCGGUUGUUUCGCAAUCAAGUGUUGUGUCUGAUGGGUGUUUUGAUAAGUUUAGUAUUGAUAGUGGGAAUCAGAGGAAGAGGGGUGGUGGUGGUGGUGGUGGUUCUGGGAGGGAUUGGUGGUGGAAGCAGGAGAAUAAUGGGGGAGGAUCUGAAUCAGGGAGAGUGAAGGAUUAUGUGAUGGAGUGGAUUGGGAGUGAGAUAAAGAAAGAGAGACCUAAGAGUAGUGAGUGGGUUGGUUCUGGUUCUUCGAUUUGUUCCGGUGGUGGUGGUGAUGUGGUGGCAGCGCAGUCGAAGGUGGAGGGUAAGAAGAAGCAGAGGAAGAAAUUGGAAUGGUGGGCUUCACUUGAUGAGGAGAAAGUUAAAGGAAAGAAGAAUAGAAAACCAAGGGAAUGGUGGAAGGAGGAAUUUUGUGAAGAGCUUUCGAAGAAGAGUAGGAAGAAAAAGAGAAGCCUUGAUUGUCGCGGCAAUGGAGGGGAAUCGUGGUGGCAGAGAGACGAGGAUGUAGGCGGCGCAGCAGUAGAGAAGAAGAAAAAGAGGAAAAGUAAGAGUAGUAGAGGGAGUAUUGAUUGGUGGUUGGAUGGUUUAAGCGGCGAGCUUAGGACUAACGGAAGGAGAAAUAGUCAAGAUUGGGGUAAUGGUGAUAUACCGAAGAGUGGUGGAAUAAGUAGCACACCGAGUAUGAGAGGAACUGUUUGUUACAUUGCUCCUGAAUACGGUGGUGGUGGUCAAUUAUCCGAGAAAUGUGAUGUGUAUAGUUUCGGUGUUCUGCUUUUGGUUCUGGUUGCUGGAAGAAGACCAUUACAAGUAACAGCAUCACCGAUUUCAGAAUUCGAGAGAGCAAAUCUAAUUUCAUGGGCUAGACAACUUGCUCAUAAUGGAAAACUCUUGGAUCUUGUUGAUAGUUCUAUACAUUCUUUGGAUAAAGAACAAGCAUUGCUAUGUAUCACCAUUGCAUUGCUAUGUUUGCAGAGAUCUCCUGGGAAAAGGCCUUCCAUGAAGGAGAUUGUAGGGAUGCUUUCUGGUGAAGCUGACCCACCUCACUUGCCCUUUGAAUUCUCACCUUCACCACCCUCAAAUUUCCCUUUCAAAUCAAGAAAAAAAGCUAGGUGAGUUUUGCUUAGUGAGUGAGUUUUAUUGUAAUCAUUAUCAUUAACUUGUAAGUGUUUAUUUAUUUUAGGUCAACUCUAAUUUUAUUCACCAUUUGUAGAAACUAAUGCUGAAAAAAAUGUGAGAAAAAUAGUGACUAGUGAGUUACAAGCCUUGCAUAAAUCCAUUUCUUACCUUUAUGUGGUUUUAUCUUCUCACCCCCUCUUUUUAAUAUGACUAUUCAUUCAUUCUGACCUA